AUGGGCACUUUGGAAAUUGCCCACAAAGGCAAGCAUUCGCAUGCGAGCCCAGCCAGUGAUGAAGAUGCUCGACUCGAAGACGAAGUUGAUGACUUCGGCUUGCCCAAGAACCGGCCUCGACGAGUGGAUCCUGUGCAUGCUACCAGUGACGAGGAUGAGGAUGAGGCAGCGUUCCAUGACGCUGAAGAUCAUAUAAAUACCAAAGUAGAAGGUCAAGGGCUACGAACUCCUAAGCCUGCGCUACCUGACUCCAGUCAAGCUGAGAAGAUCUCUGCCUCCCAAGCUUCCGCCAACGAGAAAAUCGCUCAAAAGAGUACAGUGAACUCCACGCCACCCGGCUCGUUGAGUAACGGACAUCACGACUAUGGGAACCCACAAGUUUCGAUCAGGGAAAUCAGAGAGGUGGAGUCUGGAUCUGAGCAUAAGCCUGUGGCGGAACAGCGGUCAUCUACACCUCCACAAGACUAUGGCAAAGCACUUCAUGGACAUUCAAACUCUUUUGAGACAUCACCCGCAAGCAAAAUUAACACGCCACCCAGCAGCAAGACCAAACGUCCUUCUGAUGCGCCUGCAGUCUCGGAGUGGUCCCACCAGCGCCUCGCACCACAGCACAGUGAGAUCAAGGAGGAAGAAGAUGAGGGGGACGAUUGGCAAGCGAUGCCUGCGCUUGCCAAGUACGAUCUCUACGAUGACGAAGGGAAGCUUCUUGCACGCGGCGCUGAGCCUGAGGAUGAAGAGGAAGCCACUUACGGCGGACUAGGUGGUGCCGGUAAGGGAUAUACUCGUGUCCAGUUGGACGAGGAUGCAAAAUCUGCCACAAGCAUGGAUGAAGAUACCGGGUAUCUGUUCAAAGAGAGCCAAAAGCAUAACGUCAUGGAUGAUGAGGAACAGCGGGAUGCAGUUUCACAAUUGCAAGCUACAAAAGACCUUCUUACAGAGGGCCAAAGGAUCGCGUACGUUGGCGUCACGCGGCUCACCAUGUUCAACAUGACGAGAGAGCUGGAAGACAUUGAAGCCACACGAACGACCAAAAAGGAGCUCAGCAAAGCAUUUGAGUCCAUGACUAAGUGGGGUCAGCAGAUGAUGGUUAGGUUAUACGCGCAUAUGGAAAUCGAUUCUGCAGAGCAGGUCAUGAUUGAGCAACUGACUGAUCACGGAGUGCAACCGACGGAUCUGGUACCUCCUUUAAUGCAGACUUCGAGAGUGGCAAACCCGAUGGCAGACACCAAAAGCCCCGAAAAAUUAGCUCGGCCUGAAGAUCAAGAAAGUGUGCAAGAUAAAUCCGAGUCAGAGUCGGCUAAGACAGAAUCAGAAGUAUUGCCACGCGAUUCUAAGGAUGAAGAACAAGUUCCAAGGGUCCACACACCGUCUCAAAUGGAGAGCACAGCUAAGAUUGACCUUGAUCUGAGAUGGACAGUUUUAUGCGAUUUAUUUUUAUUAUUGAUUUCAGAUUCGUUAUAUGAUGCCAGAUCUCGACGACUGCUCGAACAGGUUGCAAAGGCUAUGGAUGUUUCUUGGACCCAAAUAUGCCGGUUCGAGAAGAGGGUCAUUGAUGCUCUUGAAAUGCAAGAGGAGGCCAACAAGGAAAACUGGAACGAAGAAGAGCAUAUGGAGACAAGGAGAAAGCUGGGCCUCAGGAGAAAAUAUAUGGUCAUGGGACUCGCCACCGUGGGGGGCGGAUUGGUGAUUGGGCUUUCAGCUGGAUUACUUGCACCGGUAAUCGGUGCAGGUCUGGCGGCAGGCUUCACUACCAUUGGUGUCACCGGCACUGCUGGCUUCCUGGGCGGUGUUGGAGGCGCUGCUCUUAUCACUUCUGCCGCAACAGCCGCAGGAGGGACCAUUGCUGUCAGGGCUUCCCAUCGACGAACGGGCGCGGUGAAGACGUUUGAGUACAGACCCCUGCACAACAACAAACGACUCAACCUGAUCUUGACUGUUUCUGGUUGGAUGAAUGGCAAAGUGGAUGACGUUCGACUGCCCUAUAGCACAGUGGAUCCAAUCAUGGGCGAUAUCUACUCGCUUCUUUGGGAGCCAGAAAUGCUGCAAUCGAUGGGUGACACCAUCAACAUUCUGGCGACCGAAGCAUUAACUCAGACUGUGCAACAAGUACUUGGUAGCACCAUUCUUGUAGCAUUAAUGGCCUCCCUACAGCUACCAAUCGUUCUGUCGAAGUUGUCUUAUCUCAUCGACAAUCCAUGGACGGUCUCCCUGGACCGUGCUAACUCGGCAGGUCUUAUUCUCGCAGACUCUCUAAUUGAUCGCCAUCUUGGUAACAGGCCUAUCACCUUGCUUGGCUUUUCCCUUGGCUCUCGUUUGAUUUUCUCAUGUCUGAAAGAGCUCGCGGCCCGUGGUGCGUAUGGCAUUGUACAAAAUGUGUAUCUGUUUGGUUCUCCCAUCGUUGCGAAGAAGGAUGAGUAUCUGAGAGCGAGGUCUGUUAUUUGUGGCCGGUUUGUGAAUGGAUAUGCAUCGAAUGACUGGAUUCUGGGUUACUUAUUCCGAGCGACGAGCGGUGGUAUUAUGCGGGUCGCUGGCCUGGCUCCAGUAGAAGGUAUACCCGGCCUUGAAAAUUUGGACGUCACGCAGCUGGUCAAUGGCCAUAUGGCCUAUCGUACGGCCAUGCCCAAGUUGCUUAGGGAGGUUGGCUGGGAGGUUGAGUCCGAUGAAUUCACCGAGAUCGAGGAUCCAGAUCCGGAAAAUCACCAAAAGCGGCAGAGAGAAUUGAUCCGGGAGAUAGACGAAGCAAGGAAAGAGGCUGAUGCCAAGCCUCAAAAGACUCGAUUUGGCUUUUUCAAACGUGGAAAUCUGGCAGAGAAGAAGGGCUGGGAGACUUACCAGACGAGCAACAGUUCUGGCGAUCUCAGAAAGUCUACUGACGGCAGUAGUGGGCUUAACGGAAACGUGUUGUUCGACAUUGAGGCGAUCAGGAAGGAGCUGGAAAGCGAGAUGAUCGAAGUUCGGCAGCUGGAAAGUACACUGCCGCCAAUACAGAUCGAUCUCAAUGGCAGCGCAGCACAGCAAAGUCCUUACUCGAAUCUGCGCCACACGAAAAGCUCGGAUGCUUCGAUGGGUACCGAGACACGUACAGUCAAAGAGAUAGUGGAGAAGUCUCUACCUCGACCACUUCCCGAGGAGUUAGCAGAUGUCAAGCUUCCACCUAGGCCUUCCGACCUCGAUGAUGACCAUCCUAGCCCAGAUGAAGAACGUGAAAUUCGCAUGACCUUCGACAAUGCAUUUGAGGCCCCACGAGAGCUGCCAAGUACUCUGGCGCCGUUGAGCGUUCGACCAGACGACAGGACGCCUUCUCCAUUUGAGAUACCUGAGCUGAAAACAAGUGCUACUUUGCCUACAAGCAUGAGCACGAAGUUCGGCUCGUUAAACCUGGAGCAUAAUGCCUGGGCGGACGAAGACGAGGACUUCUCCAGGGAGAGAGAAAUGAGAAUGACAUUCGAAUGA